GUCAUAUAAUAUGAUUUUACCAAACCGAUGGUCUAAGUCUGCGCCUCUGGUAAUAGUGGCAUAGUGGCUGUUUGAAUACAACUUUCGUUUGGUUUGCCGUUUUUUGUCUCUAAAUUAACAUAUUAUUGUUCAAAAGUAAAAAAUUAUGGGAAAGUCUCAGUCGAAACUGUCACAAGAUCAACUUCAAGAAUUGGUUCGCUCUACAAGGUUUGACAAAAAGGAGCUACAGCAAUGGUAUAAAGGAUUCUUUAAAGACUGUCCUUCUGGUAAUUUGAAUAAAGAAGAAUUUCAGAAAAUCUAUAAGCUCUUUUUUCCUUUCGGUGAUCCCUCUGCAUUUGCAGAAUAUGUCUUUAAUGUCUUUGAUACAGACAAGAAUGGAACGAUUGACUUUAAGGAGUUUAUCUGUGCCUUAAGUGUCACAUCUAGAGGUACACUCGAUGACAAGUUAGUAUGGGCAUUCCAGUUAUACGACCUGGACAACAAUGGCUUGAUUUCAUACAACGAAAUGCUUCAAAUUGUCGACGCUAUCUACAAAAUGGUAGGAAGCAUGGUGAAACUUCCUGAAGACGAAGAUACUCCUGAGAAGCGCGUGAACAAGAUUUUUAGCAUGAUGGACAAGAAUAAAGAUGGUCAACUAAAUUUGGAAGAAUUCCGUGAAGGUUCAAAGAAAGAUCCAACAAUAGUCUCUGCUCUUUCCUUGUACGAUGGGUUGGUCUAAAUAAAUGAGGAUAUUCAUGGAUUAAUAUUUUUGCCAACCAUGGUGUUAAAACGUAGAAAACAUUUAUCCUUUACAGUGAAGUUUACUAUUCUUCAUUAGUAUGCUUCAACAUUUUCUUUUACUUUCGUUGAUACCGAUAUUUUUUACGUCAAAUUUUUCAAACUUCAGUUUUAAGUUGAUUAGGUUUAUUCUCUUUUUUUUUACCGUUUCAUAUUAGUUAGAAUAGGUAUGAAUUAUGUUUCUCAGCUCUUAGUUUAAUUGCAAAUUAUACUCUAGUGAGAAUCGACUCGCUGCAUUAAAACUGUAAAACGUUGGUUU